AUGGAUCAAACUGAUUGGUGUGAAGAUAAUGAUUUUGCUCUAGCUGUAGCCCUUAGCAAGCAAGAUUCACCAGAAAGUAAGAAUAGUAAAGAUCCAACUGUUUCAAUAGUCGAUGAUUAUUGGGAGAUUAACGAUCCCAAUCCGGAUAUUCGAGCGCUAUUUCUCCAGUAUAAUCAGUCAUAUUUUUGGGGUAAGCUAUUAAGUGUCGAAGUCCGAUGGAGCCCAAAGAUGACUUUGUGUGCCGGACUAUGUAUCUAUCAGAAAAAAGCUGGCUAUUGCUCAAUCCGUUUAAGCCAACCAUUACUGAAAUUUCGACCAAGACGAGAUCUUGUACAAACGCUCUUGCAUGAAAUGAUCCAUGCUUACCUCUUCGUGAUACAUGAUAAUAGGGAUCACGAUGCUCAUGGACCAUGCUUCUUGGAACACAUGCAUAGGAUCAAUAGUGCUACUGGAGCUAAUAUAACAGUUUAUCACAACUUUCACGAUGAGGUUAAUGUCUACAGACAACACUGGUGGCGAUGUAAUGGGCCUUGUAAGGAUCGUUCGCCAUUUUUUGGUUACGUAAAAAGAGCUAUGAAUAGAGCUCCAUCCAAGAACGACCCUUGGUGGAGCGAUCAUCAACAAAGCUGCGGUGGUACAUUUAUAAAAGUCAAGGAGCCUGAAGGCUACGGAGAAAAAGGCAAAAAAAGAAAAAAAUUGGAUAAGGACAAUGAUAAUCAAACCAAAAUAACUGAUUUCCAUCAUGCUAAAAAAGUGAAUGAUAACAUCGAUCGUGCUCAAGGUACCAGUAUUAGCGAUGGUUCACGUAGCAUCAAUAGCGAAAAGUCAGUCGAUAACGAUAAUCAAAACAGCAGUAUUUCAUAUGCAACUAUUCCAUUCUCUGGAAAAGGUUAUGUAUUAGGAUCAAACGAUGAUAAAUCUAGUACCGCCAAUUACCGAUUUCCAGCCUUAAUGGCGGAUGAACUUCGUUAUGUUAAGUGUCCGAUUUGUCACCGAACAGAUAUUCGGCAUUCAAUAAUUAAUGAGCACUUAGAUAAUUGUCUCGUGCUCAAAGAAAAUUAG